UUUUCUCCAAAAACGCCAUAUUGUAAAAAGUGUAUAGACGUAAAAUUUUAUUAAUCACUUUUUAUUUGCGAAAAAAGGUGUUUUUCAAGCAAUUUUCAAAACUUUUAAAUAGUAUUUAUUAAUCAGCGAAGCACAUUUCAUACUCGUAAACACAAAUUAUGUGUUUAAAAUAGUUAAAAAUCAAUUUAUAUUAGUGUAAACGAAAUGCUCACUUUUUACACCAUAAAAAUAGAAUUCUAGUGCAUAUAAAUAUUUAGUUGCAAAAAAUACAUAAAAUAUAAAAUAAAUUAUAAUGGAACGAUGGAAAAACCAUAUCCUUGCAAUUUUAUUAUCCUUUUUGGGUUUAUUUCCAAGUGGAGCUGAUUUUUCACCUGGAGAAAAUAUUCGAUAUAAUAUAGUCCAUUCAUGGGCCGAUAAAAUUGGAGUUGAACUCUUCCAUUUGGGAGAUUUCAUAACCAGGAGAAAAGAAGUUCAAGAAAGCUUUAAACAAGCCCAAGUUGUGUCGAGAGUUGGGCCAAAAAUUGUUGACAAUAUGGCAAAUGAGAUUCGAAUGAUGAUGGAACUAAAAAUAAGUGCCGUUCGACGAAUAUCAGAUACAGCCGAAACUACAGCUCUAUCACAUCAAAAUGAUGUUGAAGAUAAAACAUUUUCCUAUUACAAUGCCAAGGAAAUGCUCGAACCUGGUGAAAAAGCACCAACAGAACCACCACCCGAAUUGGAAGAUGUUAUCAUGGAAAAAACUAAAGUUCCUCCCAAGGAGAUUAUAUUACAUCCAAAAGCUGAAUUUUUCAAUACUCCAGUUAAUAUUAGCAUGAGUUCAGUUCAUGUACCAACAAAUGUUUAUGAUCGAGCAAGUGAAGUCAUUCAAGCAAUAAAAUGGUCCGAAAAUUUAGAUCAAAUUUUUAAAGACAAUUACAAAAAAGAUCCAACUUUGUCGUGGCAAUUUUAUGGCAGUGCUUCUGGUUUUAUGAGACAAUUUCCUGCUUCUAAAUGGAAGCAAGACCCCGUCGAUCUCUACGAUUGUCGUUUACGUUCUUGGUUUAUUGAAGCAGCAACAAGUCCCAAAGAUAUUAUUAUGCUAUUAGAUUCUUCCGGUUCGAUGAAGGGUCAGAGAUUAGAUAUUGCCAAACAUGUUGUCAAAACGAUCUUAGACACAUUGGGUCCUAAUGAUUUUGUCAAUAUUUUCACAUUUGGCGAAGAUGUUAAACCUGUGGUCCAAUGUUUUGAAGAUAAUCUUAUUCAGGCAACUCUUGGAAACGUUCGUGAACUUAAAGAAGCCAUUGAAUUGGUGAAAACCGAUUCAGUUGCCAAUUAUACAGCAGCAUUGACUAAAGCUUUUGAAACCUUAGAAGCAGCUAGAAAUGAAAAGAAAGGUGCCGGUUGUAAUCAAGCGAUUAUGAUUAUUUCCGAUGGGGCGCCAUUUAAGUAUGAAGAAAUUUUCGAACAAUACAAUUGGCAAUAUAAACCGUUAAUGCCUGUGAGAGUAUUCACAUAUUUAAUUGGAAAAGAGGUAGCCGAUGCAAAAGAAAUCAAAUGGAUGGCUUGUGCAAAUCAGGGAUAUUUUGUUCAUCUAAUUGAUACGGCAGAAGUUCGUGAAAUGGUUUUGAAUUAUAUACCAGUUAUGGCGAGACCUUUGGUAUUGGGUGGACAUGAUCAUCCGGUUAUAUGGACUCAAGUAUAUGCUGAUGAAGUUGAUCCAAAAAUGACUGAUUGGCUUUGGGAAGUUAAACAACAUGAACAACAGAAGGAAGAUGUAGAAAUCGGUCGCCGUGUUCGAAAUAAAAUGUUACUCAGGGAAGAAUUAGAUAAACGCUACUGGAAACGCAGGAGAAAGAGUUGGGAUCAACCAAUCGAAUCGGAUAAAUAUAACUUUUUAACCACUGUCUCCAUGCCCGUUUAUGACCGUCGUGAAAAUGCUAAUAUCACCGAAGAUGUGUUAAUUAACGAAGCAUACUGGGAAUCACAAACUCGUGAGACCCGAAUUGCAAAUUUACUUGGUGUUGCUGGAACCGAUGUGCCAAUUAGAGAUAUUAAAAAACUCUUAUCUCCAUUUUUGCUGGGAGUAAAUGGUUAUGCUUUUAUUGUAACCAAUAAUGGUUACAUACUAUUCCAUCCAGAUUUUCGUCCAAUCUUUCAAGACAUUCUAAAACCAGCUUAUAAUAGCGUAGAUAUGAUUGAAGUUGAAUUGUUAGAUGAUGAUCGAGAGCCGAGAGAUUUUAAUCCAGUUUUGAUUAAUAUUCGAGACGCCAUAAUAAAUCAAUCCACCGGAAGUAAGUGGAUGUUGGUAAAAAAUCAUUUCGAUGAAAUGAAACGAGUAAUGCGAGUUAAACGGCAAUAUUUCUGGACAGCUGUUCAAAAUACUCCAUUCACUCUUGUUGUAACUUAUCCUCAGCAAUAUGGUGUAAAUCGCCUGCAAAUUCGUGCAGAAGAUGAAAUACACCGGCUGAGUAUAAAGGGCAGUAACACAUUAAGCUACUUUAGUGGUAAAAAAUGGAAAAUUCACCCUGAUUGGCUAUUUUGUAAACAUAGUAAUAUAACAUUUACAAGUCCAGAAGCUGAACUCCUACACUUCUUGGACAAAAUGUCAAAACCAGGGUGGAAAUGGCCACUUAGUAGGAGUGCACUGCCCCCCGAACAUACAGCUGCCAUGUUUUCUAACACAAGCUCUGGGCGAAUACCGCUUACUGAAAAAGAAUCGUACUUUUGUGAUCGCAGCUUAAUGCAGUCUUUGGUCUUCGAUGCUCGUGUAACUGAAUGGUUUUCAAAAAAUUCUAGUUUCAAUUCAAAGGAUGAUACUAAAGGCUCAAGCCCAUUUGCGGUUUUAAUGGGUGCAUUGCCAAGGAAUGAGUUUAAGCAACGCUUUGGAAUUACUGUUGCUUUUUUGGCCACACAUAGUGGACUUACAAGAUGGCAGGAGUUUCAUUCGAAUAUUGCUGAAGAAGCACAUUCUGGUGAACGAUUUGGAGAAAAUAAUCGACGUGCUAUUGAUGAGGUUUGGUACAAACGUGCUGUCGAACAACAUUUUGUACGGGAAGAGAGUUUUGUUUACUCGGUUCCAUUUGAUAGCGGAGAAACUAAUGCCGAGACUAUCGUAACAGCCAGUCAUGCAAUUUUUCAUACAGAAGGUGGCAAGAGCGCACCAGCAGCAGUUGUUGGCUUUCAAUUUCAACAUAAGGCUCUGUUUACACUAUUUAAAAAUAUCACUGGCACUUGUGCUGACUGUGCAAAAACAUGUACAUCCGAGAAUAUCGACUGUUACUUACUAGAUAACAAUGGAUACGUUGUUAUUUCUCCAAGACGCCCGGAAACUGGAAGAUUCUUUGGAGAAGUUAAUGGUGCUCUAAUGCGUCGUCUAAUUGAAGAACGAGUUUAUAAAGAAGUUGUAAUCUUUGACUAUCAAGCUGUGUGUUUUGAAUUCAUUGGAGAUAAUAAUUCUUCAAGUCAUUUAUUUUCGCCAAUGAUACAUAUUUUACGCCUCGCAAAAUGGCUGAUCCAUACAUUGCUGUGGUAUAUUGUGCAAUUUCACACUGUUACCGCCAAUGUUAUGGAACAUUAUUUCGAUGAAAAUGUUACAGAAUACAUUGUUCCUAACAAAGAGUGGGAGCAUAGGGUGACAUUACGUCGAACGCGUUUAAAAUCAUGCGAUCACAGACGUCACUUGUACACCCUUUAUAAUGAUAAUGAAAAUGUUGUCUACAAUAUGACAGCACAUGCAUGUGAACGGCCAUUUGUUGUACUACCAAUACCGGCGAGCAAUUUAAUUUUACUCGUUUUGGAUGUUUUGUGUCCGAAAGAAUCAGCAUUCCGCCUUACUGUUGAUCCAAUUGAAGUGCAAUAUGAUUAUGAUGCAAAUUCUAGCUUGGCUUGUUAUAAACGUGAUGUACAACCAUUAAGGAGAAUUCCUCCAGCUAGUUGUAUUAAUCAGCAUGUGAAUGAAAGUGCUAUUCUGCUGUGCGGCGAUGCCACUAGUCAAAUAAUAAAUUACGUUUUAAUUUUAAUAAGUACAAUUUUAAUACGUUAUCUUUAACAAUAAUAAUAAAAAUUGUUAUAUAGUUAAAUAAAAAUAAUAAUUAUUAUUAUUAUAAUGAAAAAUAAAAAAAUAUAUAAAUAAAAUUAAAGUUUUUUUAAGGAAAUCCUUUCAUAUUUUACUGUUGUAAUCUUAGCUUUUGUAUAUUUCACAAUAAUAAUGAAUAAAAAAAAACGAGAAGAAUAAAAAAAAAUAAUAAAAACACAUA